AUGAGGAAGGGCUACGGAACCCAGGGUUCCAAGAAGGACCUUGAGGACACCUCGAGUGAAAGGGAGCUACCUCCGUUUCCAAAGAAGCAAAUGCUUAUCCUAGCCCUCUGCCGGAUAUGCGAACCUAUUGCGUUCAUGUCCAUCUUCCCUUACAUCUACUUCAUGAUCGAGGACUUCCAUAUCACAGAUGAUCCUAACAAGAUUUCUGUCUAUGCUGGCAUGGUCACCUCGGCGUUCACCCUAGCAGAAUUCUCAACUGGUGUUAUGUGGGGAAGGCUCAGCGACAAGGUCGGAAGAAAACCCAUCCUUCUCAUGGGUCUGACCGGAACAGCCAUUAGCGCCUUGAUUUUCGGAUUCGCUCCCAGUCUUUCAGUUGCCCUCUUCGCGAGGGCGUUGGGUGGCCUUUUGAACGGCAACAUCGGUGUUUUGCAAACAACUGUUGCUGAGCUUAUCACGGUAAAGGAGCACCAACCUCGCGCGUAUACAAUUAUGCCAUUGGUUUGGUGUCUUGGAUCUAUCGUUGGACCGAUGAUUGGUGGCGCGCUUGCGCGACCCUGCAUCAGCUAUCCCGACCUCUUCCCUCGUGGCACGAUCUGGGAGAAGUACCCAUAUCUGCUGCCUAACCUUUUCAGCGCCGUCGCAGUAUGCUGCGGUGUUGUCGUAGGAAUUCUGUUUCUGGAAGAGACUCACGCUGGCAAGAAGUCUAGGCGAGACCCGGGAAUCGAACUCGGAAAGCGCCUUACGCAGUGGGUGUCGGCGAAGACUUGUCGGGCCACCAGCCGCAAGGCUGAGAAGCAGCCCCUGCUCGACGAUUUCGAUGAGCUCCCAGGAUACCAAACGAGCGAGAGCUCGCCAGAACUCACGUCUAGCCCCGGGUCAGGCUCUCCCGAACCCUUGGACCUCGAAGCAAGCGGGGAACUGGCACCGCCAGCGAAACCCAUUCAGACAAUAUUCACCAAGCCAGUCAUUCUGAAUAUCAUUUCAUAUGGCAUCCUUGCCUUCCACACAAUGACCUUUGAUCAGCUCUUCCCAGUCUUCCUCAGCACCACGCCGCCGGAACCAGCGCCCGAAGUCGAGCUACCCUUCAAGUUUGUAUCGGGAUUCGGACUCGACACUAAAGAGAUUGGUGUGAUUCUCGCAGUCCAGGGCUUUUAUUCAAUGGUUUCGACGGUCUUCCUCUUCCCUUUCGUCGUCCGCAAGCUGGGCGCGUUGACCCUCUUCCGGCUCAUCGCCAUAUCCUACUUCCUGCUGUAUCUUACGACGCCUUACUUGGUCCUCCUCCCCGAGAAUCUCCGAAUGGUCGGGAUCUACGUCAUGGUGAUUUGGAAGUGCACGUUUUCGACGAUGGCUUAUCCCAGCAAUGCCAUUCUCCUCACCAACUCGGCGCCCACUCUCCUUUCCUUGGGAACCAUUAAUGGCGUCGCCGCCUCUACCGCCAGUUUGUGCCGUGCGUUCGGUCCAACCAUCUCGGGAUUCCUCUACUCGUUGGGUUUGCAGAGCGGCUACUCCGGAUUGGCGUGGUGGUGCAGCGGCAUUACUACCAUUGCCGGAGCUGUGUUGAGCCUUCGUCUGACGGAACCUCGUGGGCGACUCGACGAACCUGACGAGACGCCGAAGGUCUCUCCUGCAGACCCCAGUCCGGAACUGUCGAGCAGUGAGGAACGUCGCGAAUAA